CGCAAUAAACUCUACGGUACAGGUUGGUGCAGACGGUCUAGUUUUCGUGUCCAUUAGGAUCCCAGCAGCAUGCAAGAAGACACCCUUCAUUUUUGUUGCUUGUUGAAGGAUCAUCACAUCAUCACCCCAUCGUCAACUCCGAACCGUAGAUGAGAUCCCCUUCAUUCAAUCCUCUUUGUCAAGAUCUGUACUCUAGUAACUGAUUUCUGUGGCUAAACAAAAGUUGCGUCUAUUCCACUUAGAAUCCUCUCUCUGCCUCGUUGCUUCCUUCAGCUGUAUACCGGUCCCCACCAUGGCGUCGUCGCAACCGUUCCGCCUGAUCAAGCGACCAGUGGAAACAUCGUCAUCCUUGGCAUCGAUCAAGAAGAAACCACGCCUAAAGACUAGUGGAGAUUACAAUCUGCGUGAACUAACUGGCUCUGAAUCUUGUCAAACAAAUGACGAAGUCCAUCAGUCCAUUGAACUUUGCCCCGUAAUGAAGGCGCUGAUCGAUACGAAGGUGUUUCAGCGUCUGCGACACAUCAGGCAGCUGGGAACAUCAGAAUACCUGUACAAUUGUGCGACUGGAAACAGAUUCCAGCAUAGUUUGGGAGUGGCACACUUGGCAGAAAUGAUGUGUAAGAACAUCAAGAAAGAGCAACCAAACCUGGGUGCUACUGAUAAAGACGUGUUCUGUGUCAAGUUGGCUGGGCUCCUUCACGACGUAGGUCACGGUCCAUACAGCCAUCUUUACGAAUGCUUUCGUGAAAAUAUGCUACCCAACUAUUUGGAUAAUCAUCCAGAACUGAAGGCAGCUUAUGAUGACUGCAAAGACUUGAAAAUCGAAGGUCGAUGGAGCCACGAAGAUUCAUCAAUGCUAAUGAUUGACACUGUGUUGGCUGAAUUGGGCCUUGAAAUUGACCUCCGCAAUAUGGACCACCCUUUGAAGCAGAUUGGAGACGGAGUAGACGCUGCAACCAUGCGCGUCUUCAAACCACCAAAUCAGAAUAACAGCGUCCUAACGUCUCGUGAUUGGGUCUUCAUCAAGGAAUGUAUUCUCGGUAAGCCAUUGCCCCUCCCUGGAUUCGACAACAAGGACUUCAUUGGGAGAACCGAAGCAACAAAAGAGUGGCUUUACGAUAUUGUCAGCAAUCGACAUUCGGGCCUCGACGUCGACAAGGUGGAUUACUUCGCUCGAGAUUCUCGAAGCGCUUUCGGCCCCGAGCCAAUCGAAUACAAACUGAUUGAAGACGCUCGUGUGGCCAAAGGACAAUGUGAUAAGGAGGAUUGUCCAACAUGCCAACGCGGACCCGGUUUCCACUACAUGAUAUGCUACCCAGAAAAACGGGUCCCUGCUGCAAUGAAGUUCUUUCGGAAGAGACUUGAUUUGCAUGAUGCGGUAUACCAAAACAAGAAGACUGUGGCUGCCGAAUGUUUGCUCUAUGACAUUCUUUGUUCGGCAGAUCCAUUCAUCAGACUAAAGUCCGAUGACGGAGUGAGUUUUCCUCCCAGCCGAGCAGUGCUCAAAAGUGAGUUCUUGAUGAAAUUGGAUGAUUCUAUCAUUCCGUUGAUUGGUCAUUCAACCGACCAAAAUCUUGAAGAAGCAAGAGCGUUGUUCGAACGCCUUCGCAGACAUGAUAUGUACAAGUGUGCCGUCGAUGAAAGACUGGUUACUGACAGUGAUCGCUAUUACGAAGACGACAAUGAGGAAUUGGAGGAGAAAUGCAAACGCGACAAGUUGCUAUUGGAAAUGAGCGAUCUUGAAACAUAUGUGCACAAUGGCAUGCUUCUUGAGAAACAACAUUGUGAGAGCCCCUUUCCUUUGGAUGCCAACGAUUUCAUUGUUCGGAAGUACGAUAUGCACUACGGCCGCAAGCAUCGCAACCCAGUCUCUUUCAUGCGUUUCUACGAAAAGGACAAUGAAAAGCUUGUUGGUCCCUUGGAAACAUUGCCUCGAGCGAGAAAGUAUGAUGUUUCAAAGUGGCUUGGUAUUACGCCGAUCUCGUUCCGUCGGGUUGGCAUACGGGUGUUUUGUCGAGACCCGAGCAAACGAGACCUGGUCAAUCAGGUUUUCCACCAAUGGUUUGAACGGAUGCUUAGGGGAGAAGUCGGGGAAGCCGAGUUUACGCCUGGAUCACCUUUCGGACUAGAGCUUCGCGGUGACAGCGACUGCGAGGAAGAAGAUAACGACGAUAAUGAUGGCUUUCAGCAAGAUACUGUUCCCCUUACCCAAGAAUCCGUGGGUGAGGGAGAUUCAGAGAACCACAUCGAUGGCCCCAGUCCCAUACCAGUUCGACACCGCAGUCGUCGACCUUAAUCAACAAGAUUGAUGCUGCUCUUUACGAACUAGCGUGGCCCUGUUGGCCACGGUGCAUCGGUGGUACAACACAUGUUAACAGUAAAAGUGUUGUUUGUUGUGUCGCAUCAAAGUGGACAGCUUUCUUGGCGUACGUUUUUUUAACUAGCCAGGGAUUGGGUACCGUACCGGUG